GGGCUGUGAUUAACGAGCUGGGUUUGGAUUUAACGAGCCGGGCCGGGAUUAACGAGCUGGACUCCGAUCAAACUCCCCGUUUUUUUCCCUCUCCUCAGGAUCCAUCUCCUCGACCAUCUUGGACCUCCCAAAACUUGGAAAAAAACCCCGGAUAAUCCCAAAACUCCUGGAAUUCUCCCUCCCCACCCUCGGGAGAUGCUCCCCAACCUCUUCCCAUCUCCAAACCCCCGAGGAUGAGAGGCUAAAACCCCUCGUGGCGCUGACGGUGCCGGUGGCGGUGGCGGUGCCGGUGAUGCCACAGCUCCCCGCCGUUUCCCCAAGAUGGCCGAGCACCAGGAGCUGCUGGCCGAGAUGGCGGCGGUGUCGCGGCUCAGCACGCCGGAGCGGCUGCGGCACGCCCAGAAACGCCGGGCCCAGCAGCUGAAGAAAUGGGCCCAGGCCGAGAGGGAGACGCCGGCGACGCCGAAAGCGGCGGCGGAGAGGAGGAGGAGGAGGAGGAGGAAGAGGGUGACGUUCCCGGCCAGCGUGCGGCUCCUGGAGGCGGCCGGGCGGCACGACGUCGAGGAAGUCCGGCAGUUCCUGGAGAGCGGGAUGAGCCCCGACCUGUGCAACGAGGACGGGCUGACGGCGCUGCACCAGAGCUGCAUCGACGGCUCGGUGCCCGUGGCGCGGCUGCUGCUGGAGGCGGGCGCGGCGGUGGACGCGCGGGACGCGGAGCUCUGGACGCCGCUGCACGCCGCCGCCACCUGCGGCCACCUGCGCCUGGCGCAGCUCCUGCUGCAGCGCGGCGCAGACCUGCUGGCGCUGACGUCGGACGGGGACAUGCCGUACGACCUGUGCGAGGACGAGGCCACCCUGGAGUGCCUGGAGAGCGCCAUGGCGCAGCGCGGCGUCACCCAGGAGCGCAUCGAGGAGGCGCGGGCGGCCCCGGAGCGCGCCAUGCUGCGCGAGAUCCGGCAGCGGCUGCGGCACGGCGCGCCGCUGGACACGCCGCGGGGACACGGAGGGGACACCCUGGUGGCGCUGGCCGAGCUGCUGGUGGCUCACGGCGCCGACCUGGGCGCCAGGUCGCUGCAGGACGAGACGCCGCUGGACGUGUGCGGGGACGAGGAGGUGCGGGCCCGGCUGCUGGAGCUGCAGCAGCGGCGCGCGGCGGCGCUGAGCGCGCGGGACCGGCAGGAGAGGCUGCAGCGCAGGGCGUCCGGCAGCCGCGGGUCAGCCACGCACACGUGUGUCACAU